AUGUUGCUUGACCUUCCCAACGAGAUCCUGGUUCUUGUCCUCAGUCCGCUCGGUUUCAGGGACCUUGUCGUGUGUAAAAGCGUCUGUCGUACAUUGAAUGCAGUGAUCUGUGACGUCCUCUUCCUUCAGUACAAGCUGGUACUGGCCUCCUACGGUUUAUGCGACAAUGAGUUCAGCGUGACUGCAGUGAAGCAGAGGCUGCAGUAUGCACACCUUUUCAACUGCGCCCUCCGCGACAUCCGAUGGAUUCCGCACUUCACCUUCACGUUUGAGGGCCAACGUCUAGAUCAUCCGUCGUCGUUCGCCAUAUUCAGAGACCUGAAGAACCCGGGUACCCUAUCGCUCAUUUACUCCGGUUCUUCUCUUCGUGGUGCACCUCAGCGGCACUGGGUCAUUAAAGCGCCUCCUGCGAGUGUGUACACGUACACGUUCAAUCCCGCAGAAGACCUUGUCAUACUGCAGACAAUGGAUGUACCCAAGUCGCGCCAUCAUCUAUUGACCAUGUCUUCUGGCGCUCAACACCCCGCAGCAAGCCAUCCCUACCUCGAGAGUGAGACCAUUGGUCUUGAUACAACCACGUUUGGGCCGUAUCUCUUCGUACCUGGCACUCGCGACUUCCAUACUCUCUGGAAUUGGAAGACGGGUGAAAUGGUUACUAACAUCCGUUGCCAUUACUAUGCUGUCGCAUUUAUCGACCAAGAUCAUUUAGCAAUCGCCGCCAUGACACAGGGUGUUGGAUUGGCCCUGCUCAUCUAUCGUUUGCCCUUGAUCAUAUACAAUGAGGUCACGAACGUGAUGCAGCCAGCGCACUAUGCCUUCGGUCUACCAACCCUCCAUUCGCAAGACCGCAUUCGCGAACCCAGAUGUUGCAGCCUCAGACGCAAUGCCUCAUAUCCUCCCAUGUCGACCAUCCUCGAUGCCGGCGAUUUCUACUCGGAUCCGGACGAUGUGCUUCUCUCGGUGGAAUCCGCACAUCCAACUGAUCAGGGCCAGUACGAGUUCUUCAUGCCCUUGCGAGCUUUGCAGGCGCUUAUGACGCCCGAAAAUCGCGGGCGGUUCACGCCAUGGGCAAACUGGGGGCCGCAGCAUGUUCACGCGACUCCGUUACUCCGGUAUCCUCCAAUCGUUGGCUGGCGGGCCCAUUGCAUCUUCGGUAUGCGUCGGAUAGGGAUGUAUCCGACGCAGCGCGAGGACGGUGUGCUGGUAGCCAAGAUAUACGACUAUCAUCCGCGGCGCGUCGCUUUGGCCCGCAAAGAGCCGUCCUUCGACGGUCGGCAUUGGAGGGUUGUCGAUGGUGAGAAUGUCUCGGACGACUGGCUUCAUUCCGAUAUGCUGGAGACACAUCUUCCUUUCAUCGAGAUCGAGGUACCACUUCCCGAGGAGAUUCAACAUCAUCGCGGCAGCAUGGUCACGCUGGGCAUCAACGACGACAGCAUCGUCGUCUGUACUGAUUUCAUUGCGACGCGUCCGAACCGCGUCCACAUAUACACGUUCUAG